CGGGCUGACCCGCGCGCCCUUCGGGGCAGGUUCACGUGAUGGUCACGUGAUGGACUGGCGGUGCCGGAGAGAAGGAAGCUGCGGAGGAUGGCGGAGAAGUUCCAGCCCAGCGGUACCACCUGCAGGGAGAGCGCGGUGGAGGGGGGGGGGCUUGGGAGUUGAGAGGCCGGUCUUCGCCCCGCUGUCACGGGGUGGGAGGGCGCUGUUGCCAAGGAGACGAGGGUUGAUAUGCAGAAGGGCGGGGCUUGCCUUGGAGGGGAGGGGCUUGUUGCGAGGGGAGGUGGGUGGAGCUUGCCUUGAAUGGGAGGGGCCUGCUGCUGGGUGUGGCUUGCCUUGGAGGGGAGGGGCUUGUUCUUAUGUGUGGGUGGAGCUUGCCUUGAAUGGGAGGGGCCUGCUGCUGGGUGUGGCUUGCCUUGGAGGGGAGGGGCUUGUUCUUAUGUGUGGGUGGAGCUUGCCUUAAAUGGGAGGGGCCUGCUGCUGGGUGUGGUGGGUGUGGCUUGCCUUGGAGGGGAGGGGCUUGUUCUUAUGUGUGGGUGGAGCUUGCCUUGAAUGGGAGGGGCCUGCUGCUGGGUGUGGUGGGUGGUGGGCUUGUCCUUGUGAGGGGAGGGGCCUAUGGAGGUCUCUGCUGAUUGGGGUGGUGGGUGUGGCUUGCCUUGGAGGGGAGGGGCUUGUUCUUAUGUGUGGGUGGAGCUUGCCUUAAAUGGGAGGGGCCUGCUGCUGAUUGGGGUGGUGGGUGUGGCUUGCCUUGGAGGGGAGGGGCUUGUUCUUAUGUGUGGGUGGAGCUUGCCUUAAAUGGGAGGGGCCUGCUGCUGGGUGUGGUGGGUGUGGCUUGCCUUGGAGGGGAGGGGCUUGUUCUUAUGUGUGGGUGGAGCUUGCCUUGAAUGGGAGGGGCCUGCUGCUGAUUGGGGUGGUGGGUGUGGCUUGCCUUGGAGGGGAGGGGCUUGUUCUUAUGUGUGGGUGGAGCUUGCCUUAAAUGGGAGGGGCCUGCUGCUGAUUGGGGUGGUGGGUGGGGCUUGCCUUGGAGGGGCGGGGCUUCUGUCAUGACGUGGAGGGGUCUGUGGUCAGGGAGACAGGCAGGGCUAAAGGGGAUGGGGGUCCUAGGGGUCGUGGUGGUGCCCUAGCCGCCUGUCCCCCGCCUUGUGUUCCUGCGUCUCUAACUCUGCUCCCUCCCUCUCCAGAGCACCAGCACCUGCGCUACAACCCCUUGCGCGAUGACUGGGUGCUGGUCUCUGCCCACCGCAUGCGGCGCCCGUGGCAGGGGCAGGUGGAGAAGCCGCCCCAGGAGGACAUCCCACGCUGUGAUCCGGGCAACCCUUUGUGCCCCGGAGCCAAGAGAGCCAAUGGCCAGGUACUGCGUUGCCAGGGGCAGGGAGGGCGAUACAGGCCCCUUUGGCUGCAUGGACCACCCUCAAUCCUCAAUGGAAGCCAUAAACGGUAAAAGUAAAGGGAGCCCUGACCAUUAGGUCCAGUCGUGGCCGACUCUGGGGUUGUGGCGCUCAUCUCGCUUUAUUGGCCGAGGGAGCCGGCGUACAGCUUCCGGGUCAUGUGGCCAGCAGGCCUAAGCUGCUUCUGGCGAACCAGAGCAGCGCAAGGAAACGGAAACCUUCCCGCUGGAGUGGUACCUAUUUAUCUACUUGCACUUUGACGUGCUUUCGAACUGCUAGGUUGGCCGGAGCCGGGACUGAGCAACGGGAGCUCACCCCGUCGUGAGGAUUCAAACUGCCGACCUUCCGAUCGGCAAGUCCUAGGCUCUGUGGUUUAACCCACAGCACCACCUGCAUGGAGGCCAUAAAUCAGUUCAUAACCAUCAGUUGUGUUUAUUUAUCACUUUUACAUCCCACCUUUUCUCCACAUACUUAAAGAGGAAUGCCUGCCUCUGUUCCUCCCCAGUUUUAACCUCAUAGUAACUCUAUGAAUUAGGCUAGGCUGAGAGACAGUGACUGGCCUAAAUUCACCCAGGUAAGCUCAUGGAUACGAGGGGAUUUUAACGUUGGUUUCCCAGGUCCGAGUCUAACACUCUAACCACUACACGACACUGGCUAAUAGACCCCCUAUAUGUUGUGAAGCAGAAAGAGCCUGUUAUCUUGUGCCUGCGAUUUUUAUUUUUUUAAUAUACUCUCCAGCAGUGUCUGCAGGACAGUCAAAAGCCAACAUGAGGCUUUACACAGAAACAUCAGGAGUAGUGGGGCGGGUUAAUUUUUUUUUACUGUCCAGCACAGCUCUCCGAAAUCAUUCUGCUCUCCACCAUCACCCCAUGAGAACCGUUUUCUAACAAGUUCCUCCAGAAAAUAGCACAUCCUGUCCAAAUUGAAAUAUUGGAAUCCCAAUAAAGCAGAAUUUGGUUUUCAUUGGAUUUUAUGGUUGCAGGUAUGACUGACUCUCUCUUCCCUGUCCUCUCAAUUCUUGGGGAAUUUCCUCCCUGGUCCUAAAGACUAAAAUCUUGGAAAUAUUUGGUAGAGAGUUGAAACUAAAGUUGCGGCCCUACGGUCUUACAGCUCAGCAGCCUGACUGCAAUCUGUGUUUUGCUGUGUUUUUCCUCAUGCAGGUGAAUCCCCACUACGAGAGCACGUUUGUCUUUGACAACGACUUCCCUGCACUGCAGCCAGAUGCCCCGGAGCCUGGUAAGAAUUCGCCUGGUUUUUCUUAUUAGCACUUAACCGUUUACCAAGGAAGAUGAGGCUCAAGGAGAACCCAUUUAAUGAGUCCUCCUCCGCAUGGAAUGAGCCAGGAACCUUUGUUAAUAUAGUGAAUAGCUUCCAGUUAGGGUUGCUGUGUGUUCUUGUUUCUGGAAGGGCUACCUGUUCAGCUGUAAGGAUUCCAGCAGUUAAAAGCAGAAGGGCCUUGUCAGAGAGAAAAAAGACACGUGGCAGUUCUGCUGCAGGUUGCAGCAUUUUUUCAAAGUUGAGGGUCUGUGAUAUAGCUGUAAAAUGUUAGCUGCCCAUGGAUGUCCCAGGGGACUGUGGAUGGAGGGAAAGGAGCUCAUCUUGGUUGGAUUUGUUUCAAAGGCUCAUCCUGAUGUGACAAAAGUUGCUAAAGUACUCUGAGAGGGGCUCUUGUCUUUUCUGACAGGCAGGAUGCAAUGAGAAGAGCCUUUUUUUUACAAAAAAUAUUUAACAUAAUUAUUACAAAAUACAAACAAAAUACUGCAAAUACAUACAUACAUAUUUCAGAUAAGCACACGCACAUAAAAAAGGAAGAAAAGAAAAAAUAAGGAGAAAAAGAAGAAUAAGAAAAGUUGGAAGAAUUUCUUCCAGACUUAUUCUACAAAUAUCUCAGUAAUAAAAUUUCAUUGAUUGGCUUCCAUCGCUUCCAUGCACUUCCUAUAUACAUUUUAAGCAAAAUUAUAUCUGUUAUCCCGUAUUUUCCCCAUACAAUCUCAUACAAAUAUUCUAAUCAAUAAGUUUUCUAAAUCUUUCCUAAAUCUAUUCUAAACACAACCAAUACAAUACAAAGAUUAAAUGUAAGGUAUUGGCACGAGAAGAGCCUUGCUGGAUGAGGCCAAGGGCCCAUCCAGUCCAGCAUUCCAUUCCAGGGGUCGGUCGGGUGCUCUUGGGGAGCGCCUCAAUUGGCUUACUGCUUCUGUGCAAAACAGGCAAGGGCCUGGGACCACCUCAUGCUGGAUGCGCCUGCACUGUGGAGAGCCAUGGUUGAAGUCUGCAGAAUAAUGGGAUCUUCUUUGUGCUGUUUGCUGCACUUAAAGAUACCCCUCCAUCCAUGGAGAUCCACUGUCAAUUCCUGAGCUGUCAGCAGGCAUCCAUGCAGUGUGACAUCUCUGUGUAGUCCAGGAUUAGGAACAGUUUCCCCUUGUUGAUUUACAAUACAGUGGUACCUCGGGUUAAGAACAUAAUUCGUUCCGGAGGUCCGUUCUUAACCUGAAGCACCACUUUAGCUAAUGGGGCCUCCCACUGCUGCCAUGCCGCCGCUGCACAAUUUCUGUUCUCAUCCUGAAGCAAAGUUCUUAAUAUUUCGGAGGUAAUAUUUCUGAGUUAGUGGAGUCUGUAACCUGAAGCGUAUGUAACCUGAAGCGUAUGUAACCCGAAGUACCACUGUAUGCUGAGGGGAUGUUGCACCACCAUGAACAGUGGUACCUCUGGUUGCAGACACGAUCCGUUCUGGGGUGUUGUUCGCACCCUGAAAAGUCCGUAACCAGAGUGGCACUUCUGCGCAUGUGCAAAGCGCAAUAGAGCGCUUCUGCGCAUCCACGAACCACACAGAACAUUUGUGCACGUGCAGCGCACGGCAAAACCCGGAAGUAAACACUUCCAGGUUUGCUGCAUUUUUAACCUGAAAAAACUUAACAUGAAGCAUUUGCAAGAGGAGGUAUGAGUGUACAAACCUCUCGCUUGCCCUUCACAGUGUGCACCAUAUACAUUGGGCCUGAAAGUCCCUCCUAAGUUGGGGGUAGCAGAGUUCACUGCAGGAUGUGGCAGGCAGGAUUGCAGUCGAGCAGUAGCACUGAUGACAAGUCCCUCGCUGGGCUAGAAGAUGAAUUUGUGGGGUCUGGGGGAGGCUGACGUCGCAGCUGUGCCACCUCCUGGUACGCUGGCUUCUUCCUGCCUUUCCUGGACUGCACCCGUUGCCCACCUCCCUGCGUUUCUCACUGGAUUUCCUCUCCUUCCCCAGAUGCUGGCGACCACCCCUUGUUCCGUGCAGCGUCCGCUCGAGGCGUGUGGUAAAUCCGGCACCUUGUGUUCCCCAGCCCUGCCCUCCUGCUGAGCCGAAUGGCUGGCUUAGGGUUCCCUUGUGUUGCUUCUUUUUGCACUUUUCCCUUCUUGGCCCAGUCCUUCUCUCUGCCUUUUCCAGGAACUGCGAACAGUUUUUGCAGAGUAGGAAUUCCUCGGCUUGUCUUGCCUUGCCUCCAUCGUAUCAUGAUUUGCCCAACAGUCUGGCUUUCUACUUCCAUAUGCAUGACUUCUAGAAAAUGCAUGAUUUCUAGUUCCAGGGAUCGCAAGGCCACCUCUGCUAUUUUACUCUUUUUGUAAACCGCUUUGUGUUUAAAUAUAUAUAUAUAUAUAUAUACAGUGGACUCUUGGGUUGCGAACGUGAUACGUGUGGGAUGCACGUUCGCAACCCGCAGCGUUCACAACCCACAGCGGCGCGGCUGCGCAUGUGCAGGUUGCAAUUCAGUUCUUCUGUGCAUGCGCAAAGCUUGAUUUAGCGCUUCUGCGCAUGCGUGACCGCUGAAACCCGGAAGUAACCCAUCCAGUAUUUCUGGGUUUCGGCGGUCCAUGACCUGAAAAAACGCAACCUGAAACAUCUGUAACCCGAGGUAUGACUGUAAUUAAGUAGUAUACUUUCUACGAAUUAAAAUGUGGAGUUGUUUGCUCUGCAGCCACUUAAGAGUUUCAUACCUCAUUCAGACCUGUCCUGUACUUGGGAUGCAGACUAGUGUGGAUUAUGUUUGUUACCCAUGGGCAGAGUUUGGGCUGGAUAGGGUGACCUGGGUCCUUCCAGCCACUUGAUUCUAGGAUCUCUGCUCCUUCUCCUUUUCCCUUUCCUCCCAGCAAAGUGAUGUGCUUCCACCCCUGGUCUGACAUGACUCUGCCCCUCAUGUCACUUGCCGAGAUCCGCAGCGUGAUUGACAAGUGGUCGGAGAUAGCUGUGGAGCUGGGUGCCUCUUACUCGUGGGUGCAGGUCAGUUGCUGAAAGGACCUACCUUGGCCAACCACCACAACCCCUCCUGCCCCAAGACUUUAUUCUUACUAACCCUCACAUUAUUGAAAUUGAAAUACUUUGUUGUCACUUGUACAGUUGAGAUUACAGGAGCACCCCCCACUCAGCUCUCUUAGUCUUAAUUCCCCUCGUUUGCUGACGCACACCCACCAAACCCGAAAGUCCGUUGCCCUGUUGUUAUCUUUUCAUUCAGCAGCCUAACAGCCCAUGGAUAGAAGCUGUUCUUUACCCUGUUGGUGCGACUAAUCCUGCUUCUAUAUCUUCUGCCUGAGGGCAGGAGAUCAAGAAAGUGCUGGCCAGGGUGUGAAUCAUUCCUGAGAAUUUUCCUUACUCUCCUGAGGCAACAUUCUUCCGCUAUUUCAUCCAGCGGAUUCAUGGGACAGCCCAUAAUAUCUUAUGCUGUAUUCACCACCCUCUGUAGGCACUUCCUAUCAGUUGAUGUCAAACCAUCGUACCACAGCAUGAUGCAGUAGGAAAGGACACUUUCUAUUGUUGACCGGUAGAAGGAGAUCAUCAAAUGUUGAUUGACAUUGUUCUUUCGCAAUAUUUUGAGGAGAUGGUGGCUUUCUUAACCACCUGGGUUGUAUUGAUUUUCCAAGUAAGGUCUUCACUGAGAUAAACUCCUAGGAAUUUAAAGGAAGAGACUCCCCACACAGCCCUCCCGGGUGUACAGCGGGGCUAGUUCAAUUAAUGACCAAGAGCAUAGUUAAACUACAGAACCUGCUGCUGCAGAAAGCCAUGAUGGCUCCUAGCCAUGAUGGCUACGCUCUGCCCCCAUGGUUGGAAGCAGCAAUGCUUCUGAAUAGCAAUUACUGGAAACCACAGGAGAGGGGAGAGGGCUCUUGUGAUCGGAUCCUGCUCUGUGGGUCUCCCAUAAUGGCAGCUGCUUAGCCACUGUGAGAACAGGAUGCUGGGCUAGGUGGGCCUUGGGCCUGAUCCAACAGGCUCUUAGUUCUUACAUUAUCACCUGCUCCAUCCCUUUUUAGGCUGUCCAUUCUUCCUGGAGAGAAGCAAUAGUUAGAAGGCAAAAAUGGCGAGUGAUCUGGAGCAGGAAUGGGGAACCCUUAGCCUCUCUAACUGGCCCAUGGGGUUCUCCCAAGGCCAGACACUCUCCUGAGCUGAUCUGCCUUGGCGUCCUCUUCAUUUUUGCCUGGCUGCAAUGCAUCUUUCAACUCUGUCCCUGCUUCUUGUUAGCCUGGGGGUAGGCUAGAGAGGGACUUGUGGGUGUGUAGAAAUCGGCUUACUGUACAAAAGCACAAUUUCACUAAGAAUCCAGAAUAGGGAACCAGUUUCCCUGCCUUGGAACUUUGGCCACUGGUCAGUUCAAAGGGGGUUUGAGAGGUACCAGUCAUGAGGUUGCAUAAGAUUGCUCCUUUUCCUCCUUACAGAUCUUUGAGAACAAAGGAGCCAUGAUGGGCUGUUCCAACCCCCACCCUCACUGCCAGGUAAGGAGGCUUUCUAGGAAGUUGCCUUCUACUGAGCCAGUUAGCUCAGUGUUGCCUCCACUGACUGGUCGUGGCUCUUCAGAGGGUGGGACCCAAACCAGUGAGUUCAAAUGGCACAGAAGGCGAUUCUGACUAAACAGCAGGAAGAACAUGCUGACAGUAAGAGCUGUUGGACAGUGGAACAGACUCCCUUGGAAGGUGGUGGACUCUCCUACCUUGGAGGUUUUCAAGCAGAGGUUGGAUGGCCAAAAGUCAGGGAUUCUUUAGUUGAGAUUCCUGCACUGUGGGGGCGGGGGGUUGGUGUAGAUGGCCCCUGGGGGUCCCUUCCAAUUCUAUGAUUCGACAUGUGGAACGUCCUCCUUGUCGUUGCUUUUCAGGGGAUGCGGGUGGUGCUGUGGUCUAAACCACUGAGCCUUUUGGGCUUGCCGAUCAAAAGGUUGGCGGUUUAAAUCCCCAGGAUGGAGUGAGCUCCCGUUACUCUGUCCCUGCUCCUGCCAACCUAGCAGUUCGAAAGCACACCAGUGCAAGUAGGUAAAUAGGUACCGCUGCAGCAGGAAGGUAAAUGGCGUUUCGGUGUGCUCUGGUUUCUGUCACAGUGUUCUGUUGCACCAAAAAUGGUUUAGUCAUGCUGGCCACAUGACCCAGAAAGCUGUCUGUGGACAAAUGCCGGCUCCCUCGGCCUGAAAGUGAGAUGAGUGCCACAACCCCAUAGUCACCUUUGACUGGACUUCACCGUCCAGGAGUCUUUUACCUUUUACCUUUAUCUUAAAGGUAAAGGUAAAGGGACCCCUGACCAUUAGGUCCAGUCGUGGCUGACUCUGGGGUUGCAGCGCUCAUCUCGCUUUAUUGGCCGAGGGAGCCGGCAUACAGCUUCUGGAUCAUGUGGCCAGCAGGACUAAGCCUCUUCCGGUGAACCAGAGCAGCACACGGAAACACUGUUUACCUUCCCGCCAGAGCGGUACCCUAUUUAUCUCCUUGCACUUUGAUGUGCUUUCAAACUGCUAGGUUGGCAGGAGCAGGGACCGAGCAACAGGAGCUCACCCCGUCUCAGGGAUUCGAACUGCUGACCUUCUGAUUGGCAAGUCCUAAGCUCUGUGGUUUAACCCACAGCGCCACCGGUGUCUCUACCUUUAUCUUACUUGCUCUUAAAAUGUUGUCCACAUGGUGGCAAUGUAAGCCUGCAAGUAGCCUACUGUAAAUUGUGCCUGUGCUUUGAGGCACUGUGUUUUCCAGGGAAAGUUGCAUUGGAAGCUGUCUUCCCCUGAGUCAGAUGUACCCUGACUAGCAAGUGACUUCAGGGUUCCAAGCAGGGGACUUUCCCAGCCCUACCUGGAACCUUGUGCCUUGAAAGCAGAUGUUCUGCCGCUACGCCUCAGUUGGUUAGACUUGAGCGUGGAGGCUUUUGAAUUGACCGGCUGCACUGAUACAUCCCUUCUCGUCCCCUCUCUAGGUCUGGGCCAGCAAUUUCCUGCCCAACGAAGCCUCCCUGGAGGACCGGACGCAGCAGAAGCACCUUUGCGAGCGUGGCACCCCCAUGCUGCUCGAAUAUGCCCAGCUGGAAGCCGAGAGGAAGGUCAGGGACCCCUGGCGCGCGGGGAGGGUGGCAGUGGCGCUUGGACCUGUGGCUGAGCCCCUCUUUGUGAUCCCUGGCAGGAGCGGAUUGUGGUGGAAAACUCUGACUGGGUGGUGGUGGUGCCCUACUGGGCGGUGUGGCCUUUUCAGACCCUCCUGCUUCCUCGACGACGACACGUCCGUCGCUUUCAGGACCUCCAGGACGGGGAAAGAGACAGUGAGUGCCCGGGCGGAAGAGGGCGGGGUCAUGGAACCGGCGCUGUCGCCUCCCUGAAAUGUGGGGACAAGGGAAGCAGGGACAAUCCAAGAAGAAGGAAUAGAGGGGGCAUUCCCAGAGGAACAGACUGCCCUUGGCACAGUAUGAGUGGAGAACCUGCACACUUAGGUGUGAGGUAUGUGUGUGCAAGGGAAGGUGGAGGCACAGAUGUUGUCAAGCUGGCAACUGUUUAGGGCUACCCCGAGUUGCCCAACAACUUACUGUAACAAAAUAAUAAUAAUAAUAAUAAUAAUAAUUAUUUAUGCCCCGCCCAAUACAGGAAUCAUAGAAUCUUUUUUUCUUCCUGCUGCAUCACACCAUUGACUCAGGUGAAGUUUGUGGUCUGCUAAGACCUCUAGAUAGAAUAGAAUAGAAUAGAAUAGAAUUUAUUAUUUGUACCCCACCCACCUGGCUGGGUUUCCCCAGGCACUCUGGGCGGCUUCCAACAAAGUAUUAAAAUACAGUGGUCUGUUAAACGUUAAAAGCUUCCCUAAACAGGGCCGCCUUCAGAUGUCUUCUAAAAGUCUGGUAGUUGUUUUUCUCUUUGACAUCUGGUGGGAUGGUGUUCCACAGGGCAUUCCACUACCGAGAAGGCCCUCUUCCUGGUUCCCUGUAACUUGGUUUCUUGCAGUGAGGGAACUGCCAGAAGGCCCUCGGAGUAAUGGGGGUGGAGACACUCCUUCAGGUAUACACGACCGAGGCCGUUUAGGGCUUUAAAGGUCAGCACCAACACUUUGAAUUGUGCUCGGAAACGUACUGGGAGCCAAUGUAGGUCUUUCAAGACCGGUGUUACGUGGUCUCGGCGGCCACUCCCAGUCACCAUUCUAGCUGCCGCAUUCUGGAUUAGUUGUAGUUUCUGGGUCACCUUCAAAGGCAGCCCCACGUAGAGCGCAUUGCAGUAGUUCAUGGUGCGUUCUGGCACCUAUUUUUCCUGAAAACAAAAAGCCGUGGGGUGAACCACAUACGCCGCCUCAAUCUCCCUGUAGGAAAAGGGAAGACUGUAAGUGCAAUUAAAUAAACAAAUAUGUCACCUGCUGAAGGUCUUUGAGAGCAGGUGGGCCAGAGCACCUGGAGGGGUCUUUUAAGGUCAAGGAUAGAUGAUUUGAUCUAUGGGGCCACAUUCAAGCCAUGAAGGGCCUCUUCCUGGUCCACCGAACUUUGUGAUGAUGCUUGAGAGCAGCUCCAUCACUGUUGCCCUGUGCAUGUUAUCGGCCUUGUGUCUCAGGUGGGCUUGACUGAUGGAGCCAGGUUGAGACUGGGCGGCCACAGCAGAAUCAGUGCAAUUGUUACCUGGGAAAGAUGCCCCAGGUGGGAUUCCUGCUGCUGGCCAGAGCUUGGGCUGUGAGCUUUAUAUGAAGGAUCUUAAUCCACGGAAGCUUUCUGAGCAAGAUUCCGCACACAAGGCAAGCGGGCUGAUAUCUCUUGGUCUCCUGCGUUUCAGGCCUGGCUUCCAUCAUGAAGAGGCUUCUCACCAAGUACGACAACCUCUUCCAGAUCUCCUUCCCUUACUCCAUGGGGUGGCAUGGUAAGCGCGGGGCAGAGAAAUUUCAGCUGCCCAAGGAUUUUGAUUCUGUGUCGAAGUUCUCUUGAAGCCCACUUGGUAUGAAUAGUUGGGCUGCCCCAAUCUAGUCCAACCCCUUGUGAUGCAAGGUUGCCUGGCAGCAAGGCCUGCCUUGCUCAACCUUCCCUUUUCUGUUAGGAGGACAGGAGUCUUUGUUUGCCCUGUCCUCUCUCCUUGACCAACUCUCGAUAAUAAAUAAAUAAUAUAUAUUUUUUUAUUUAUAGCCUGCCCUUCCCGGUUCAAAAACUGGGCUCAGGGCUGCUAACAACAAAUUUAAAACACUUAAUUGUAAAAGCAGCAUAAAAUACAGUAUAAAACCAUGAAUAACAAUAAAAUCCAAAGUUCAGAAAUCAAUUUAGGGGAAAUCCAUCUAAUAAGCAUUAGAUAAUCACCAGGGCUAGCUGGCUAAACUAGUCCUAUUUGGGCCAGCGAGGAGACCAGGGGAGAAUUAGCUGUGGGGUCUCAGAGCGGGUGAUCUUCAUAAAAAGGGGAGGGGGAGGGAAGAGAAGGGAAAUAGAAGAUCAGGCUGAAUUCAGAUAAAAGGCCAGGCAGAAUAGCUCUGUCUUACAGGCCUGACGGAAGGAGGUUAAAUCCUGAAGGGCCCUGGUCUCCUGGGACAGAGCGGAGCCAUCACUGAGAAGGCCCUGGCCCUGGUGGCGGAUAGUCUGGCUUCCUUAGGACCCGCAACCUCUAAACUAUGGUUAUUCAUGGACCUUAAGGUCCUCCGCGGGGCAGAAUUCCUUCCCAGUCUUCCUUUCCUGAUGGUGAGGGUCAGAUUUACCCAUUUGGCCCUGAUCGUGCCAACGCAUCUGCGUCCCCUGCACUAGCCAGCACCUGACUCUCUGCCUUGCGGUGCCCCAGCCUCACCCCUUUUCUCUCCUCCUCUAAUAGGAGCCCCAACAGGACCCUACCUUGACGCCGACUGCAGCCACUGGCAGCUGCACGCCCAUUACUACCCACCUUUGCUGCGUUCGGCCACCGUCCGCAAGUUCAUGGUUGGCUACGAAAUGCUGGCUCAGGCUCAGAGGGACUUGACGCCCGAGCAGGUGAGUGGAGCUUGGCAAGUAAAGAGGGGACAGGAUAAGAGUUUGUAAAACGGGGCUUGGCCUGGGAAGAGGUAAGUUCUCCCUCGCUCAUAACACGACCUCGUGGACAUCCAGUGAAGCUGAACAUUGGGAGAUUCAGGGCAGAGGAAAGAAAACGCCAUUUCUCAGCGCAUAGUUAAACUGUGGAACUCCCUGCCACAAGAUGGCAGUGAUGGCCGCCAAUCCUAGAUGGCUUUACAAGCGGAUUGGACCAGUUCAUGGAGGAGAGGGCUUUCGAUGGCUAUUGGCCACGAUGGCUCUGCUCUGUCUACGCAGCAAUGCUUCCAAGUAUCAGGUGUUGGAAACCACAGGGGAGGAGAGUCCUGCUGUUGUGCUUGAAUCCUGCUUCUGGGUUUCCCACAACAUCUGGUUGUCCACUGUGAUGCUGGACCAGAUGGGCCACUGGUCUGAUCCAGCAGGCUGCUCUUACAUUCUUAGAUACACAUUGUGAAUGGGUUAAGAAGGCAAUUUAUGGCAGAAGUUUGUGGAAACAAGAAAGAAGGCGACAGGAGGGGCAGUGGUGAAUAUUGCUGGAAUAGAGUUAUUCUAAGUUCUUUAUUCUUUAGCAAGUUUGAGGCCUGGUUGGAUUGGGGCAGAGAGGCUCUCCUUUUCCUGGGCCUUCUCGUUGACUGUCAGGAGUUCAGCCUACACUCAAGUAGGACCCUGGCAGAGACACAUGCCCGACUGACGGGCAUUACCUCCCUCCUGGUCGAUCGUUCGGGAGCUUCAUAAGCUUUCUUCAGCCCGAACAUCACAGCGACCGAUGCCAACCGACACUGGCACACUUAGGGAUCCACAGAGUUUGCGCAACUUGCGUGACAGACCUCAGCAACUCAGCAUAUUGGCUAAUCUACUUUAUUUACAUAUAAACACACACGGAGCACUGCAACAUGGCUCCCUCUCUCUCUAGCAUCAGACAGUAAAGAGAAAAAGAACAAAGGACAAUAGUUCCACUUCACGGAACACAGUAACACAAACAUCCUGUCUCCGUCACUUCCCACUUUGUGGAGUCAAAACACAUACCGUCAUGUGAUAGACAAAAAUCCCAUGACUGCAAUCAUAGACCAGGAAUUCUAACAGUGCACACACCAAUUCCCUUUUUCCCCCACAGGCUGCCGAGCGCUUGAGAAACCUGCCUGAAGAGCAUUAUCAGCUGAAACGAAGAGAAACUUCAUAGCGCAGAAGCACAGCAGGGACCUUUUUGGGUUUGGGACCCUUGGUUGAUCACUGUGAUUUUGGAUAAAGGGGAUCAGCAUGAAUAGUUCCUGUGGGGGAAGCUUCUGUAAUUUGGGAGCUAUGCAGGGCACGUGGCGUGGGCUGUGUAUAGCUUUGGCAGCCGGGGCCGAGCUGGAAUCGUCUUUCUGCCCUGCUAAACCGAGGUAUUUUGAGGCCAAUCGAUCUUUUCUGGGAGAAGCGUCCUCUCCUCUUGGUGGAAAGGCUCAGCAAAACCUUUUGGGUCCACUAUUCCUGCAAAGGCUACAUGAUCUGUGGUUCCUGCACUACAGGGCUUGGACGUCUCGGUGAACCCUGGGUCCUUUCCAGCUCCACAGUUCUAUGAUUCUAUGACCCAAGCUGCUCUAAUGCUGUAUUGUUUUUAACACUCGGUUGGGAGCAGCCCAGAGUGGCUGGGGAAACUCAGCCAGAUGGGUGGGGUAUAAAUAAUAAAUUAUUAUUAUUAUUAUUACUAAGAAAUGGGCAUUGGAAACAAACCCUCCCAACACCAAAAUUUAAAUGCUUCCACUGGUGGAUCAUUCUGUUCACUGUGUUCUCCUCCCCAUUGCAGGGAGCUACAGGUAUUAAGAUGGACCUUAUUUAGAAGAUGUAGUAGAUGUGUGGUAACUGGGUGAUCCUUACCUUCCUCUCUUUAUCUGUUCCUGCCCCCCCCCCCCCCGGCUGUCAUAAGCCUUCAGUUGUUUUCACUGAGGUCUUGAACACAAGGAACAUUUGCCACACAUCUGCCCUGCUUGGGCAAAGACCCCCAUGCGUCCGAUCUUAAAAAUGUAGCAUAAACACCGACAAAUGGGAAACACUGGCCUGCGAGUGCUCCAGUUGGAGAACAGGCUUUACCAAAGGUGUCGUGGGCUUUGAAGACUUUCGAACUCAGGACGCAAGGGAGAAACGUGCUAAGAGGAAGGCAUGCUUGGCAAAUCCACACUGUGAUCAACUCCUGCCUGGAAACCUAUGUCCCCACUUUGGAAGGACGUGUGGAUCCAGAAUUGGCCUCCAAAGUCACUUACGGACUCACUGUUAAUUCCCCCCCCCCAUUUUUAAUUCAUUUUAUAAUUCAAAUAAAGAACACAAACAGAAAAACAAACAAUACAAACAAAUUCUUGUCAUAGCCUUAUUUUUCUAAACAUUGGGCUUCCCCAAGUCCCACCUAUCUGAUUUUCAUUUUACUAUGGACUCACUGUUAAGACCGUGUUCAUGGAAGACAAUCUUCCUCGGCUAUGAGGGAUUGCCAAAGAAAGAAAAAGAAUAUCCAAUUUAGAGGAGUAGCCAGGAAAUGGCUGGUCUGGGUUGUGGUGAAGAGACCCAAGUGCAAGUGGGAGACUGCUCCCAGAAGCGCUGCUAGAUGUCAGCCCCAUAGCUGUAUCCCUACCUGAAGAUGGGAAAUUGGUCAGUGCCCUGGCUAGAGGGCGCUGAAAUGUCCUAGCCAGAGAGAGCAGCUCAGAGCUCGGCUUGGCAGAGGCAUCUGCUUCCUGCUGCUCUUUGCGGCCAAGGAGAUAGUUCUUAAAUGCCUCUGAUUGCCUUCGGUUCCCCCUCUGCCCCACCACUUCCAAUCUUUGUGUGGGGCUGAAUCAGCUCAGUGAAUAGGCAACAGAUAAAUCUCAAUGAAGGAGAAAGGGAUUAGCAGGAGGAAGUUCCGCAUGGAAGGCACUCGGUCGACUUUCUUUCUCCAUCGUCUCCCGGAGCCUGAACAGGACAGGGUUAAGAAGAAGCAUUUGGCGAGAGGCAGGGAUGAAUUUUGGCUCCAUUAUCGACCCCUCUUUUUUUAAUCAAAAUCCAAACCCUUUCAAAUAAAAACGUAAAGGAAAAUCUGUUCUACUAAA